CUUUCUGCCAAAUCCCAGAAAACUUAAACCUAACCUUUUCUCCUUUAAGAAACCUACAAUUCUGCUCUUUAUUUUAGCCAACGAUGAAGGUGUUCGAGGUUAAUGGAUCCACCCUCUGUCUUGCCCUCUUCGUCGACGUCACCAACUCCAACUGCUAUGGGGUGAGACGAGGAAGUUAAAGGUGCAUUAUCUGAUUGUCAAAGUAUUCCACAUGUUGCGGGAAAGAAAAAGAUUAGCCUUAUUCAGAUGAAGAGCAAUUGGAAUCCCAGGCCAGCAGCUAUCCUGCCCUGUGCUAGUGUGUGUUUGUGUGUGCGGGGAACUCCUGGAUUCAAUGCAAGGUGGAACUUUGGAACCAGAAGUAGCAUUGCUGAAUGCAUUACUUAUCCCAGAUGUUUUCCCUGUUCUGGCUGCUGCACACAAGACGCUUGCAGCUAAAUCAAGGCAGUCAUUAACAACACGGACUCUGCAUUCUGAGCUUGUCUAUAAUUAUUCAGGUUCUAAGCAUAUCUCAGAAUCCUUAAAAAGAUGUGGCAUCUCUGAAAGUUCAACCUAUAUCCUUGUGGCUCGGUUCAGUGCUUCUGCUGAUGAGAUGACAGCCAUAGAGAAACUGAUAGAAGGAAGAGAAAUCGAUUUAGAUGAUUUGGAAGGAAAUGCAAAUCAAUCCCAAAUACAGAAGCACUACAAAAUAUCAAGCUUGGAGUUGGAGAUAUCUUCGCUUGCUGAAGCCAUAACUUGCAGGAUCGCUGCCCGAGACGCAAUGUGAAGCAGGAAUUUGCUGCCAACUUCAAAGGACUUCUCCUCUUCACUUUUUCGCUCCUUGUUGCCACACUUCAGAGGACUUCUGACUUUCCUUGACCAUCACUCGUACAACUUUUUACAAUAUUAAGACGCAAUUUCUGAUUCAGUUCCUGAUGGUGUAACUUGGCCUGAGUAGCGAAUUCUCGGACGAGUUUGUCGCUGAAGAUCCAAGACUGCCCCAUAUCAUGUCUACUUAUGCUGCUUUGUUUGAUUGUGAAAACGGGGUACUAUAAAGUGUAAAUGGCGAUAAAUUGUUUUUUGAUUACUGUGUCUAGUCUCUACUCGAUAUUUUUGACUG